AUACUGACCUAGGGAUAUUAAUUACUUCGCAUGGAUUGGCCACUAAUCCAAAUAUAGUCUGUGCGUAGUAAUAUAAGUGUUGUGUGAAAUCUCAUGAUUUGUUAAAAUUAUGAAAAUUCUGGAUUCUUUCAGUGCAAUUUUACUUUUGGUUACCCUUUUGUAUAUAUCUGGGCCCGGGACAGCAAUAUAUCAAAAUAAUUUCCAAUUUGCCGCUGUACCGAUUCCUAAGGGAAACACCAAUCUCCUUACAAUACAGUGCAAAGGACUGAAGGACCUAAUCAAUUUUAGUGAAAACACCAGAAGCGUUUUCUCAAAUUAUGAUUUUCUGAAAAUUCUUCGCGACGAUGAUACAACAAUGGAUUUGUUGAAAUUAUCAGAUGGCUCGUUAUCAGGAUCCUGGUGGAAUAUUUUCCACUCAAAGUUUACAACUGGAAUGCAAGAAAGUGACUGCAAAAUCGCUGACAUUAUAUGACUUUUUUGACCCAGUGCGGACGAUUAGCUGUAAUUUUAAUGAGUUAGAUUGUAGUGGAGUACCCUUUGCUAGAGACCUUUGUGUUCCGUGUAAAUCGUACUGCCCUUCAAAUAUGACAUGUUUGGUUCUGACUGGAAAAUGUAAUUCUUUGUACACACUUAGGAAUGAGAGUGGCACAGAUGUUGAACGGGCAUUGCGUUGUCCAAAGGGAUAUAGAGGAGAAAACUGCAGUGACGUAUGUGACCUGGGAUUCUAUGGAAAGCUAUGCGACUCUCGGUGUAGUAGUCACUGUUUACAAGGCGAUUGCCAUCACGUGAAUGGCACGUGCUUAAAGGGUUGUAACUCUGGCUGGAAAGGAGAUAAAUGCGACUCACCUGACUGUCCCAAAGGUCAGUACGGGGAGGGUUGUACUGGAGUCUGCAGUCCUAACUGUGAAUAUCGUUGUUCCUCCAAAGACGGUGUGUGUUAUUGUAGCAGAGGAUGGCAGAGCAUCAAAUACCGAGGAGUUCUUUGUAACAAACCGUGUAAGCCAGGGACGCAUGGCAGCGGAUGUACAGAAACCUGUGGAAAAUGUCGUCAGGGAACCACCUGUUUCCCUAACAACGGGUCAUGCCCAGACGGCUGUGAUAAACCUGGAUACUAUUUUAGAAAAUACUCAGAGUGUACUUGGGAAUUAGAAUCGAGAUUUUUAAGCAAAUGCAGACGUAGUUAUGGGAUUAAUUGCGAGAAGAACUGUAGCGAUUCCUGCCUGAACAGAAGGUGUAGGAACACUGACGGAAUGUGUCUGAGAUGUCCCCCUGGAUACCAAGGCUUCAACUGUACAUCAGAGUGUAGUAUUGGGACAUUUGGAGACAACUGCAACAGUAAAUGUCAUUGUGAGGGUGGAAGCGCCUGUAACCAUAUAACUGGAAAAUGCCCUGGCAAAUGUGACCCCAGAUUUCAUGGUGAAAGUUGUGAUCGUAAAGUGUGUGAACCUGGUUUGUAUGGAAGGAAUUGUGACAAGUGGUGCUUUUGCAAAAAGGGGGAGUCAUGUGACUGGGAAACCGGAAGAUGUAAAGGCGCAUGUCAAAAAGGGUGGCGGUAUUCAUCAUGUGAUAUAAGAGAUGAGUGUUACUAUCCAGAAUAUGAUCGCGUUUCGCCCACAUGGGAUCCAAAAAGCAUCGGGAUCGGCAUUGCCCUAGGAUUUGUUGCAACGUUUUUUGUCGCUUGUUGUGGUGGGAUCUAUUCCAAGACGUUCAAAGGCGUUUAAGUAGAUAAAGAUGUAUUUAGGGGUAUUUAAAACUGAUGUGCAAAUUUUGUUUUGAUCUAUUCAUUUUAUUUUAUCUUUUUGCAAAUUAAAUAGCAUCUUUUUUAUACUCCCGUGAAAGUUUAUUCAUAUCGACUCUCCAAACGUAGUUCAAACCAUGAUGAAAAUACAGCUACCUUCACCAUACAAUCUCCAGUACACUCGGUGAGGAAUCAAUCGCCAUCCUUAUUUGUACUAGGAGAUAAUGGUAUAAUUCUUUAUAUGUAGGAAGUUAUCGAUGUAGGCGUGUACAUUUUGCGCGUAUCUAUGGUCAUCCUUUUUGUCCACGUUUCAUUUGCUAGAAUCUUUUCUUUUUGGCUUCAGUGUGACUAUUGAUAGUACAAAAUUGAAUUGGAAUUUUUCUUCUCUUCUGUCGCCAAACACUUUGGUGCAUACUGAAAACCUUUAAUAUCCAAACAUUACUACAGACAAAAUUGGCAAAUACAUGUACAUGUAUAUGAAAAUUCAAGUAUGUGGAAAAAUUAUUCCAUGCUUAUAUAUGUGCAGUGAAGUUUCACUUUCUUCAAGACUUGUAACAUGUUAGUAUGCCGAUUAGGCGGAUCAACGAAAAGGGCUAUGACGUUUUGAUCGUACCGCGUUUAUAUAUAUAUAUAUAUAUAUAUAUACAUGUAUAUAUAUAUAUAUAUAUAUAUAUAUAUAUAUAUAUAUAUAUAAACGUAAGGCUGGGUGUUAUAAUUGUUUGUUUGUGCUUUAUAUUAAAUAUUCUAUACAAUUGCAUCGAGAGAUCCACUCUCCUUAUAAAAUAUCUUAAACACUGAAUGACACAGCGACUGUGUGAGAUUGCAUCAGUGUGUAUAAGUAGCGCUUUAGGAGCAUAACAAAACUUCCUUUUUUAGGGAAUUCGUUGUGGCCGAGUGGACUUACGCACUGGUUUGACAAUCUUGCUAGGCGGUGGGUGCCGUACGUCGCUGGUUCGACCCCGGGGCUGGGGCGAAAAUUUUCAGUACUUAGUUGUGAUUAUUUAGUGCUUUAUAUAUAUAUAUAUAUAUAUAUAUAUAUAUAUAUAUAUCAUAGUGUUGUGUACAAUAUGUGGUUUUGAUCAGUUGGCCAUAUAUAUUUUGCUUUGAAUGAAGUUGAUAUGAAUGCAUAUCAGUAGUUUCUGUAAGUACUUAUAAUGUGUUUGUAAUGAUUAAUAGAUUAUAAAAGCAAUUGUCAAAAUAUCGUAUGUAAUUGAAUAUUAGAUGAAUAUAUGUUAGUGGCAUUAAAAAAAGAUUAGGUUUAUUUCCUAAGCAAUUAGCUAGUUACUAGUCAAUUACUCAAAUCUAUUAUGAUCUGAAUUGUUCUCUCUCCUAAAUAUAUGGAGUACCGGAGCUUGUUCGAGCUUCUUUGUUCGAGGUAGUGAAAUGGGCAUCUUAUAAUGCCUAUAUGAGUUAUAUGUAGCCAUCACAUGCUGACAGCCGUAUAUGCAUGCUUCAAGUGUGUUUCAUACGAAUGAAUGGAUGUGAUAUUGCUUGACUGGUGCGAUCAAUCUUAACACUCUAUUUCGCCCACAUUAUUCGUUUGAAUCAAAUGCUACAUGUAUUCCAGUGACCGUGUUACCUUCGUGUUUGUUGAACAAACAUUCUUUUGAUAGGUACUGCAUGGUUUUAAAAUUAUUUACAUAUCUAUUUCCCGUUUUAAUGUAUGAUUUUUAACUGUUUUCGGAUUGUAUGUACAUGUGUAGAUUGUUUUGAAUAAAUUUAUAUAUUUUAA